CAUUUGCGCCGAUUCAGUUCAACUUUGGCCGCGAAACGCGUCGUUCGUGAUUUUUGUGCGCAAUAAAAAUAGCCACACUGUGUGUCAACGCGAGAAUCUCAUGUUAGACCUUAUUUAUAUUGCCGCAGUGUAGAUAAAAAAAAGGUUCGCUUGCGGGACGUGAAAGUCUCACAUGUUUUAAUACGCUAGUAAAUAGAGAUUAGUGAAGUAAAAGAGUGUAACAGCAACAACAGCGGUAGAACAACAACAUCAACAAGAGCACUGCAUAUUUUGUAGAUCAAGCAGCGACAUCAGCACGAAAAUGGCCGACAACCUCGCUUCUCCCAUCAAGGCAUUUUAUACGGGCAAAAAUGUCUUCAUUACCGGCGCCACUGGCUUUGUGGGCGUUACCAUUGUUGAAAAGCUAUUGCGCGAUAUACCCGAAAUCGGCACCAUCUAUCUGCUGAUGCGUCCCAAAAAAGGCAAGACGGUGGCACAACGUUUGGAAGACAUACGCAAGAAUUCCGUUUUCGACAAGUUCAAAGAGUUGAAAAUCGAUGAGAAGCGCUUCGAUAAGAUUGUGCCCAUUGAAGGUGAUGUGGGUCAAGAGCAUUUGGGCAUCUCCGAAACGGAACGUCAGGUGUUGAUCGACAAUGUGCAUGUGGUCUUCCACUCUGCUGCCACAUUGGAUUUUUUUCAAUCACUCAAAGAGACAACAAAUAUUAAUUUAUUGGGCACACGACGUGUGGUGGAGUUGUGUAAGCAACUGUCCAAAUUGGAGGCUAUUGUACAUGUCUCCAGCGCUUAUGUAAACUCCUAUAUUACUGAAGUGGAGGAGAAACUAUAUCCAUCUCCAGAUGAUCCAGAAAAGGUCAUACACUUGGCUGAAACGCUAAGCGAUGAGGCGCUCAAAGAGUUAGAGCCCAAGUUGUUGAAAGAUCAUCCCAACACGUACACGUUCACCAAACACUUGGCCGAACACGAAGUGGCCAAUGUGGCCUCACGUUUUCCAUGCGGCAUUGUGCGACCAAGCAUGAUCACUGCCGCCUGGAAGCAGCCAACGCCCGGUUGGACAAUCUCAAAGAAUGGCCCACAAGGCUUCUUUAUGGGCGCUUCUCGUGGCAUUCUGCGUCGUUUACCUUUAGAUCCGACCAUUAUCAUGGAUUACAUACCCGUCGAUGUGGUGGUGAAUGCAAUCAUCGCAACCGGUUACUAUGUAAAUGCGCUCAAAGUCAAAAACGCCGGCAAACCAGCUGAGCUCCAAAUUUUCCAUCUCACUUCCAGCACGUAUAAGCCAUUUCGUUUCGAGUUCUUGAUAAAUAAAAUUAAUGCAUUCCUCCAUGAAUAUCCGCUGGUGUCCGCUGUUUGGUAUCCAAAUCUAAAGUUGGUCAAGAGCUUAUUCCUCUUCCGUUUAGGCGCUAUACUGUUUCACUUUAUACCCGGUUUCUUCCUGGACUUGGUCACCAAACUUAGCGGUGGCAGACCCAUCCUUAUCCGCCUGCAUAAAAGUGUCUGGAAUUCGUUGAAUACUUUGGAGAAAUUUAUUUUUACUGAAUGGCAUUAUGACAGUAAACAUACGUUGGCGCUUUCCAAGCAGUUGGAUCCACGUGAUCGUGAAACAUUUUUCAUUGAUAUCGGCGAUUUAGCUUGGGAUGACUACUUCCUCAACACGAUUAUGGGCGUGCGUCAAUAUCUAAGCAAGGAAUCACCGAAAACAUUAUCGGCUGCCAGAAAGAAGGAUAAGAUUUUGUUGGCCUUACAUGUUGCUCUUCAAUUGGCUUUCUACUAUGGCAUAUGGAAGCUAGCUAUAUUUGCUUUUGGUCUCUCCAACGCCAAGGCUGCACUUAUACUGCCAGUUGCCUACUUCCUUUUUGGACUUAUUUAAGAACAUCAUCACAAUUAAUACAUAAUCACAUAUAUUUUCUUUACUUGAAUCUUGUGUAGAUUCGCCGUGAAUUUUUUGUGUAAUUGCGUACACAAAUAUUUAUUUGAAUUACUGAUUUAAAGAAUCAUCAUUUUUUAUUUUCUCUUAACUUCAAGGCUUGGUUUAUAUGCAGUACUUAUUGUCAAUAUACGUAUAAAUACUAAAUAAAGUGCUUUUGUAUUAAAAAUAAAAAACAUAAAAAAAAUUAACUGUUUACAAAAUUAUUAAUUUUCUUAGCCGCUAAUAUCAUUUUUGGUUUUUUGAUAUUUCAUUCAAAACCUCUAUGUGUUUUUGCUUGGCGCGUUUUUCUUUAAAUGUCAUCUUUCCCUUUCGCUGUUGUGGCGCCUUCCUGAUCGGUUUCCGACCGUGGUCCAGCCAAUCACGUAUGGCGCUUUCAGCAUCUAAAUGUGCUGGUAAAUGUAUUUGACGUAUCAUACGUGGACGUACCAUAAACUGUUCGAAGGGAUAUUGAAGACCAUAUCUAUCUAUAAACACUGCAUCUAUUAAGUGGAUAUUCAUAAAACCAUCAGUUCCAGUGGCAUCAAUACGUCCGGCCACAGAUGAUUCGUUUCGCAAAUCUAUCAAAACUGAAUGACCGUCCAGCAGAAAGGGUAAACAGUUGAGAGUAUUUGUGAUAAGAUAGGUUUCUUUUCCGCUGGCUUUUUGCAUUUUAAAACUAAAAUUGCAUAGAAAACUCUCUAAUAAUAAAUAGUUUUAAAUAUUCUCUAAGAAAUUCCCAUAAUUUAUUUGUGUUGGCAGUUGUUAAUUGCGUAUAUUCACAAUGAUGAAGAUGGUAUUGACAGUGUGCUGUUCACGAUAAAACAAGUUUACUUUUGUAAUGUAAAUUUUCAAAAAAGUAUAAAAUUUUUUAUUAUUUACAAUUUAAAUACAUCCCUUUCAUGCAUAAAAAAUUAUCAAUGAUACAUUUUUUACAUGUUGCAGAAACUGUUUUGAUUAAUGAUUAUUGUAUUUCGUUAUUUGUCAACACUAAACAAUGAGUUUAUUGUGAAUGACUUCAUCAAAAGAAGCAGGUAGUAAAUAAACCACUAAAUAAACUUCGACGUAAAACAAAGUGUGAGAUUGUAGAGAUUAAAUUAUUUAAGAAUAAAUAUAAGCAAAUACAACGCACAGAUCAACACUAGUUUUAAAUUGAUAAUAUAAAGGUGAAGUCAUCAAUAUCUGCGUAAUACACGCAAUCAAUAUAAAA